GCUUCUCUCUCCCUCCUUCUGGAUUUCACCGGCUGUUCGCGUAACAGCUUUACACACAAUGGACCUCCGCGUCCUUUUGCAGGAAGUGCUCACUGACUGACACGGCCGACUUCGCUCCCCCGCAAAAGUUAUGAGUUGAAUUGACACAAAUGACAAGGACCCCGUCUUACUCUCUGUACUCUUCAUGGCCUAGCUCCAGAGGACAACAAACAAGUAGCAGCUAAAGAACUCUUCUUUUCAUGGAGGCAAACACUAAGGAUGCAGUCUGCCUUCAGGGGCCCUGAAGUGAACUUCUGAUCAUUUCCUGCAGACAGAGGAGAGAGCCAAUAUGAAGAGCAGCCUGGCCUCCACACUUAUUUUCAUUUUGCUACUUUUCCUGCACACUAAUCUUCUGAAUGGACAGUCACCUCCUGGAAAACCUGAAAUCUCUAAAUGCCGUUCUCCUGAAAAGGAGACCUUCACCUGCUGGUGGAAGCCGGGGGCAGACGGAGGACUUCCUACCAAUUACACACUGACUUAUCACAAGGAAGGAGAUGUACUCACCCAUGAAUGUCCAGACUACAAAUUCAGUGGUCCCAACUCCUGUUACUUUGACAAGAAGCACACCUCCAUAUGGACAUUAUACAUCAUCACAGUAAAUGCCACAAACCAGAUGGGAAGCAGUGCCUCAGAUCCCCACUACGUAGACGUGACAUACAUAGUUGAACCAGACCCGCCGGUGAACCUGACCUUGGAAGUAAAACAGCCAGAAGACAGAAAACCGUAUCUGUGGAUGAAAUGGCUUCCACCCACCCUGGUUGAUGUAAGAUCUGGUUGGCUCACACUCCAGUAUGAAAUUCGAUUAAAACCAGAGAAGGCAGCCGAGUGGGAGACCCAUUUUGCUGGGCAGCAGACUCAGUUUAAAAUCCUCAGCCUAUAUCCAGGACAAAAAUACCUUGUCCAGGUCCGCUGCAAGCCAGACCAUGGAUAUUGGAGUGAGUGGAGCCCAGAGAGCUCCAUCCAGAUACCUAAUGACUUCACCAUGAAAGACACGACCAUGUGGAUUUUUGUGGCUGUCCUUUCUGCUGUCGUCUGCUUGAUAAUGGUGUGGGCAGUGGCUUUGAAGGGCUAUAGCAUGGUGUCCUGCAUCCUUCCACCGGUUCCUGGGCCGAAAAUAAAAGGAUUUGACACUCACCUGCUGGAGAAGGGCAAGUCUGAAGAACUCCUGAGUGUCCUGGGGUGCCAAGACUUCCCUCCCACUUCUGACUGUGAGGACUUGCUGGUGGAGUUUCUAGAGGUGGAUGACAGCGAGGACCAGCAGCUGAUGCCUCCCCACUCAAAAGAACACCCAAGUCAAGGAACAAAGCCCACCCAUCUGGACCCCGACAGCGACUCUGGCCGGGGAAGCUGCGACAGCCCUUCCCUUUUGUCUGAAAAGUGUGAGGAACCCCGGGCCAAUCCCUCAACAUUCCACACUCCCGAGACCAUUGAGAAGCCAGAAAAUCCCCCCGAAGCAAAUGUUCCCAGCACCCGGAAAGCCCAGAACCCAAGCUCGGAAGGCAAAAUCGCCUGUUUACACACCAGUGGAUCCAAAUCCUCAACGUGGCCUUUGCCACAGCUCCCUGGGCAACACGACCCCACAUCUUACCACAGCCUUGCCGAUGUGUGUAAGCUGGCCGUGGGCGCAGCAGGGGCCUCCGCCACUUUGUGGGACAAAACAGACAAACAUGCUUUGAAAUCCUCAGAAAACACAGAGACUGGAGAGGAGGGAGUGGUAGCCGAGCAGAGGAAGGUAGAAAACUUGUAUCUCAAGACUGAUCACACCACAGCAUGGCCGCUGCCCCAGGGCAAGAGCCCUGUGGCUUCUGCGAAACCCUUGGAUUAUGUGGAGAUUCACAAGGUCAACAGAGAUGGGGCUCUGUCCUUGCUCCCCAAACAGAAAGAGGACGCAGAUGCAACAGAGAAGCCCGGCACUCCGGAAGCCAGCAAGGAGUAUGCGAAGGUGUCCAGGGUGAUGGAUAACAACAUCCUGGUCUUAGUGCAGGAUCCACGAGGUCAAAACCUGGCUUUAUUUGAAGAACUAGCCAAGGAGUCUCUGCCCUCUCUCCCACAGGAGCAAGCAGAGAAAGACCUGACCUCCUCCCCUCCUACGCCAAGCCACUGCAGACUGCAGCUCGCGGGGCUGGAUUACCUGGAUCCCGCAGGUUUCACGCACUCUUUUCAGUGAUCUCUUGAUUCACAAAAUGAUUGGUCCAAAUGUGAUUUUUCUUCAGGUAACACUACAGAGUACAUGAAAUGCAAUCCACUAGAGAAUGUUCGAGAAUGCAGUCAGAAUGACACUACUAAAACUCACAGUUCACGCCUUUCCAUGCUCCAUGUUCAACCAGUUGCCUCUUUCUCCAGUAGCUGAUUCCAGAACAAAUCAUUUUGUUUCCUAACUGUGAUUUGUAGAUUUAUUUUGUGCCAUUAGUUAUACAAUUAUGUGUUCGAUGAAAUAAAAGCACAUUGCUUAGUUUUCUUAAGGGACAGUGCCAAUAGGUAUAGCUUCUGGGAAGGGCUUUCAUGGUUGGGUAUGUGACAGAAGGAAAUGAAAUAGUCAAAACUGUUUACCACAGGAAGAUGACAGAUAGGAGGAAAAUGCCAUGAAAACCACUUCUGAAACCCAAUUACUUGACCUUUGCACUCCUCUUUCAUUUUAUUAGGAUGAAAACCAAAUAGAACACGAUUUUUAAAUAAGAAUGCAUUCCAGAACACCUGGCAAAUUGUUUACAUCACUUCCUAAUACCUUGGUGAUGCAUUACGGAUAUGCAAGUAAAAAUGAUGCCUCCAAUUCUUUAACUAGUUCGGAUUCUUAAGCAUAGAUUUCCCCUCUCCCCCCCCCAAAAAAAAA